CGGCUUCAGAAACAGGGAUCGGGACCCAGCACGCUCCACCCCACCCCUCGCGCAUCGCCCUGGCACCGAAGCAUGGAGGGCGAGAGUACGUCGGCGGUGCUCUCGGGCUUCGUGCUCGGCGCGCUGUCCUUCCAGCACCUCAAUACAGACUCAGACUCGGAAGGUUUUCUCCUUGGGGAAGUGAAAGGUGAAGCCAAGAAUAGCAUUACAGAUUCCCAAAUGGAUGAUGUUGAAGUUAUUUAUACAAUAGACAUUCAGAAAUAUAUUCCAUGCUAUCAGCUUUUUAGCUUUUACAAUUCUUCUGGUGAAUUAAAUGAGCAAGCUCUGAAGAAAAUACUAUCAAGUGUGAAAAAGGAUGUGGUAGGUUGGUACAAAUUCCGACGCCAUUCAGACCAGAUCAUGACAUUUAGAGAAAGACUACUUCACAAAAACUUACAGCAGCAUCUUUCAAGCCGGGAACUUGUUUUUCUGCUAUUAACACCGAGUAUUAUAACAGAAAGCUGCUCUACUCAUCGGCUGGAGCAUGCCUUAUAUAAACCUCAGAAAGGACUUUUUCAUAGGAUACCUUUAGUGGUGGCCAACCUGGGCAUGUCUGAACAACUAGGUUAUAAAACUGUAUCAGGUUCCUGUACGUCCACUGGUUUUAGCCGAGCAGUGAAAACACACAGCCCUGAAUUUUUUAAAGAAGAUGGAUCUUUAAAGGAAGUACACAAGAUAAAUGAAAUGUAUGCUUCUUUACAAGAGGAAUUAAAGAGUAUUUGCAAAAAAGUAGAACAGAGUGAGGAAGCAGUAGAGAAACUACUAAAGGAUGUAAACAGAUUAAAACAAGAAAUUAAAAAACGAAAACAAGCACAGAUUCAAGCAGAACGAGAGAAGACUGUCCAAAAAGACCCUCAAGAAAACAUUUUUCUUUGUCAAGCUUUACGGACCUUUUUUCCAGAUUGUGAAUUUCUUCACUCAUGUGUUAUCUCCUUAAAAAACAGACAUAUUUCUAAAAGUAGCUGUAAUACCAACCAUCAACUCAGUGUGGUAGACAACCUGACCUUAAUGGUAGAAUACACUGACAUUCCUGAAGAUAGUCCAGCUAGUAGUGCACGGCAAAUGAAGAAGCGUAAAGCUUUAGAUACAGAUGACAGAUGGCAAUUCAAGAAGUCACGGCUGUUAGAGAUACAUAACAGACCCUCUAAAACAGAUACUGAUAGUAGUAACCAAGAAAAAGCAUCUACGAGCAGUCCUGAAACAGAUGAGGAUAUUGAGAAAAUGAAGGAUUCUGAUGAAUAUCCACAGUCUCCUACAUUUUGAUCUUUCUAGGCAAGAAGAUUUUUGAUUGGCUGAGGGUAAAGCCAAAUAUUUUUAUUGUUUUUGCUAUAUCUGGCUGCUUUUAGUAAUAUAUAAAAAACUUGUACAGCAUUCUUUAUAAUUGGGAGAGACUACCCUUAUUUUCACAAUAGAAGGAAGUCUAAAGUUAAUAUGAAAAUUUAAUUUUUUCUAGGUCACAAUUCCUGCUCAAGUUGUAAGUAGUAAAUUAUGACUAGGGUUGCCAGAUAAAGUGCUGGACACCAUACAAUUAGGGACAUACUUAUAUUUAAAAAUUAUUCACUGUUUAUCCGGAAUUCAGAUUUAAUUGUAUGUCCUGUAUUUGUAUUUGCUAAAUCUGGCAGUUCUAAAUAUGGCACGACUAUAAAUGCAGCACAAAUUGUUUGGUUUCUUUAAAGUGAAGUACAAAAUGCUACUAAGAUUUUUCAUUUCACAGCAACUUCUCAUUCCCAAUCUUACUCGGUUGUCUUAACCACACCUAAUUUGACAACUGUUUUUUAAAGCUAUUUUUAUUAUCCUUUCAAAGCAUUUACUUAGCAUUUUUUGCAACAGUAACUUUCUUUUUACUGCUCAUUUUUCAUCGGUAGAAUAACAAAUAACACUAACAGGUAUGGGAACAAAAUAGCUAAGUCUUGGCAAUGCAGAACUCAACAGGUAGGAGUCAUGGGCUUCAGUAAGAUUUUUAGGAAGAAUGUUUAAUCUAGUUUAACCCAGUUUAAUCUAGUGAGUUGGUUAAGUGGAGGUUGGCUGAGAGCUUUUGCUGUUUUUUAUAUUUGUCUUUUUCAUAAUUGUGAGAAUUUUCCAUGAAGCAUACACAUCAUAUGAAACCUUCAUGUUUCACUACUCACUGGAUGAAAUGCUGAACACACACUUUGACCACUGCUCUUCUCUAUGUCACUUCCUAAUAGAGCAAAUUCAUAGCUGGUAUCAAAAAUCAUCAUCUUUUAUGUGUUAACAUGCAUUAGUUUCCAUGGGGAACUUAUGAAAGUCCACAUAAUACUAGGGAUGAUUUUGCAAAUAAUUUCUUCUGGGAUUGUUAUACUGGUUACACAAGAAGCACUGUAGUGUUACAGAGGGCAGAAUGAGGGGAAAUAGGUUGUCAGUCUGAACCCUAUUUAAAAAUAACCACAACCAUCACCAGAGCAUAUAGAACAUAGAUAAUGACUAAAUGUAACCAACAAAUGAACAAAACUGGGUACAUGGGGGCCAUACUAGGUAGUGGCAACAAGGAGCCAAGAUACAUGCAAAUGUAUUCUCUGGAUAAUAGCUUGAGGUUUUUCAAAGAUUCUACAUGUUUACUCAGACUGAAAUCUAAUUGUGCCUUCAUGAAAGUUCCAUUUGCUAAAAUGCGAUACAGUCAUUCCUCGUUUAUUGCAGUUAAGCCGUUCCAGACUCUAGCGGUUACACCUGGCAUUGAAGGAUUCCUGGGGCUCGAAUACACAGGCCU